CCAUGCACUAUUUGAGUUUGACAGUUAUAUUCAGACGGACCAUCGUUUAGGCACCGAUUGAUCUCAAACGAGAGUGGAAUUUUAAAAUUCUUAUUAAAACAAAGAAGUGAAUUAAUAUUCAUCCUUGCCAAUAAGAAAAACGAUUCAGUGUGGUUGUAGUUACAAAUUGAAUACUUGUUAAAUUCUUGUAUCACGAUUUCUUAGCCUAUACGUGAAGCCUUUUCUUAUAUUGUUUUACGGUAAAUAUCACCAAAGUACACGAAAAGAAGGGAUUUGUUUUGAAAUCGUACACGGGAAUUAAAUGUUUAUCAGUUUUUUAUAUCAAGGGUGUUCUAUGUUCUGCUUAGAUGUUGCGUUGAAUCGAUAUUGAAUUGAGAUACAUAUUGUUGUCAAAUGAGUACGCAUAUUUUGUGAAUCUAUUGCUACCCAAAAACCUAAUGGGUUCGACUUUCUGAUAUUUAACAUCCACUUUCGGCAGUCGAUUUAAAUAAGCAAAAAAAAUGGGCAAGUUUUCUGGGAAGAAAUGUCGGCUGCUGUCUAUGUUAUGGCUGACGGGCACAUUCUUUGUUGUGGAAUUGAUAGUCGGCUAUGUGACCAAUUCUAUGGCCCUUGUAGCCGACUCCUUCCAUAUGUUGAGUGAUGUUGCCGCUCUUGUUAUUGCAUUCUUAUCAGUUAAGAUGUCACCAAAGAAAUGGUCAAAGAAUACAUUCGGAUGGGCGAGGGCGGAAGUUCUGGGAGCGUUAGUGAAUGCGGUGUUCCUCGUGGCGUUAUGCUUCAGUAUAACAGUGGAGGCCGUGCAGAGGUUCAUCAAGAUAGAGACGAUACACAACGCGAAAUUGCUGGUGGCCGUCGGAACUCUCGGAUUGAUACUGAACAUCGUUGGAUUGUUUUUAUUCCAUGAACAUGGUAGCAGUCACGGCCACACACACGGCGGUGUUCCACCACCAUCAAACGUCCGACACCUCACAGAGCUAGUGAAUAGCAAUGCAGAUAUGGCACUAGGCCAUGCCGCCACCGAUACGGAGGAAACUGAUGAGAUGGUACCACCAAAGAUAGAUAAGAUACCGAGCAAGCAAGCACCCCGACCGACCUCUGAUCCAGGACAUUUGAAUAUGAAGGGAGUUUUUCUUCACGUCCUCUCCGACGCAUUAGGUUCGCUAAUAGUUGUGAGCUCGGCGCUGGUGGUCUGGCUCACUAAUUGGGAGUACAAGGACUACAUCGAUCCGGCUCUCAGUAUAGUUCUAGUCAUUUUGAUACUUGCCUCCGUGUGGCCGCUGUUGAGAGAAUCCGCCCUCAUCCUCUUGCAGACAGUUCCGACACACAUACAGGUUGACGCGAUACAAAGACGUCUCCUAGAGAAGGUGGAUGGCGUGCUCGCAGUGCACGAGUUCCACGUGUGGCAGCUCGCCGGCGACAGGAUCAUUGCGAGUGCUCAUAUUAGGUGUAGAAAUUUAUCGGAGUACAUGAAGAUUGCAGAAAAAGUUAAGGAAUUCUUUCACAACGAAGGAAUUCACUCCACGACCAUACAGCCGGAAUUCGUGGAACUGCCUCUAGACGGCAAUGAGAUAAUGAGCGGCGCGUCCGCAGAGGCCCCGUGUGCACUGCACUGCCCGCCGAACGACCUGUGUCACAACGCCACGUGCUGCGGACCCAACCAGCAGAAACAAAGCACACCGUCCCCGACGGUCACUCCGUAUUUAUGCAGACAAAGGAACAUGGGCUCGCGGACGGAGUCGAUUAGUUCAAACCUUGGAACCAGCGGCCAAGGAAAUGCCACUGCAAGGAAUCUGGACGCGUUAGAGUGCGGGUCCCUUCUACCGUCCCCGAUGCCAGACGGACGCCUGGCUGUGUGACAUGCAGCCGCAUAGUGCCCCCACGACACGUUACACAUUAGCUGUGAAAUUAAAACCUACACAAAUAAAAUCACUCACAUAAAUAGGUAAUUUUUUUAAGGAAUUAAAUGUAUGAAAUAAAUGUUGGCAAUGAUUGAAUAUUUUAAAUCAUUUAUGUAAAAAAAUACUUGGAUCCCUUUGUAAUAAU